AUGAUUGCUAAUAUCAUAGGCAUGCUGCAAAACACGUUCUCUCUCAAAGACUUGGGACCCCUUAGUUAUUUUUUGGGAAUUGAGGUAAAACGGAGUAAUGCUAAUCUAAUGCUUAGUCAAAAGAAGUUUAUCUUGGAACUGUUGGAAAAUGAUGGCAUGAGGAAUGCUUCAUCGUGUGCCACACCAAUUAUUCUUGCACCUAAGUUGUUUGAGGAUGAAGAUCUACUAGCUGAUACUACUAUGUAUCGAUCCAUUGUUGCGUCAUUACUGUAUAUUUGUCAUACCAGACCCGAGUUUGCAUUCAACGUUGGAAAGGUGGCUCAAUUUAUGCAUGAGCCUCGUGAAAUUCAUCUAGUAACAGUAAAACACAUUUUGAGGUAUCUUGCAGGAACUGUGGACUAUAGGUUGAUGUUUUUGCCUUCUAAAUCGAAAUUUUCAGUUUUAGCAUUCGCUGAUGCUGAUUGGGGUGCAAAUAUCACUGAUCGUAGAUCGAUUUCAAUGUAUGGAGUGUUCCUUGACAAUCACUUAGUUGCUUGGAGUUCAAAGAAGCAAAAUUAUGUCUCUCAUUUAACGAUGGAGGCUGAGUAUAAAAGCCUAGUUGAUGUUAUUGCUGAAGUUACAUGGGUGGCUACUCAACAGCUGUGUGCAAACUAUGUCCCUGCAGCUCAUCAAGUGGUUGAUGGCUUUACUAAAACACUAUCUAAAGGCGCGUUUGAAUUAUUUCAAGGGAAGAUUGGAGUUCAAUAA